CACGAACGAAUUUUGACAGCGAACAUGGAUAUCUCCCGUGAAAACAUAAAUAAAUGGCCACCGUUGUUAUUACGUUUUUCCUAAUCACACAAUUUUAUGUUUUUAAGAUGGACGACGAUCCCACGGGGAGACCGAGAAGUAUAUCCCAGCGAGACAAUCGGUGGAGCAUGAACUCUCAACGGCUAGAGGCUAUCGUGGCGGAGCUGAUGAAGCCCAUCAGCGACGUCCGCCGCAGCUUCGACACGGACCUCAGCGCGUUGUUGGAGGAAUACCUGACGGAGGCGGGGCUGCGCGCGCUGGCCGCGGAGGAGGCGGGCGCGGCGGCCGCCAUGCCCAACUUCGCCGAGCUGGCGCUGCUGCUGCAGCAGUCGGCCAGCAUCUACAGCCGCAAGGUGGACUGCCUGUACCAGCACGUGCUCAGCGUCAGCGACUCGCUGCAGCACAGCACGCAAGAAAUCGAGCUCGCCCGCGACGCGGCCGGGGCGGAGGCCGGGCCGGGGGAGGAGGCCGGGCCGGCCGCGACGCCCGGCGCGCGCCGCAAGCGCAAGGCGUCGGCGGCGCCGGACGGCUUCGCGGCGCUGGUGCUGCUGGGCGGCUCGGCGGCGCGCCGGGACGCGUCGCUGCGGCCGCCGCCCACGCUGCCGCGCAUGUUCGCCGAGCUGGCGCCGCGCGCGCUCGCCGACGCCGACGCGCCGCUGUGUGACUACGCGGGCGAGCCCGUGGGGCUGCUGGCCGACUACCACGUGGCGUGGCGCCUGCAGGACGGCUUCCUGGUGGAGGAGCUGCGUUCGGCGCUGAGCGGCGCGUCGCUGCGCCCCGUGCCGCUGGCGGAGCUGUCGGCCGCCAUCGCCGCGGCCGCAAGGUCGCCUAGCCCGCUGGCGCUGCCGCCCGCUGCGUCGCCGCUGCCGCUGGCGCUGCCGCCCGCCGCGUCGCCGCCGGCGCUGCCGCCGCCGCCCGCCGCGUCCACGCCGCUGCCCGACGAGCACAAGCGGGAGCGCAAGCGGCGCAGCGACGCCGGUGCCGACGACGAGCCGGACGGCCCGAUCACGCUCAAGAUCAGUAACGCGCUGCGCCAGCGGCUGCGGCGGGAGCGGGAGUUCGGCGUGCCCGACACGUGGCUGCGGCGCGUGCUGCGCGCGCGGCGCCUGGCCGUGCUGGGCCUGCGCCGCGCGCUGGCGCCCGCCGAGCCCGAGCCCGAGCCCGGUGAGAGCCCGCGCCGCUAUAUCUCGCUGUCGAACGCAUUACUGAUGGGCCAGAGUGGCGAAAUUAUCAACCCUGAGUGGCCAGUGACCUUUUUGCUUGUUCUAGCCUUCCGUGGAUUCGACAUGUCUUUUUCCGUGGAUGUGGGAGGGUUCCGCGGCUGGAGCGCGCCGGAGCGCGCGGCGCGGCGGCCCGACGACAGCGACGACGACGGCUUCUUCGAGCAGAGCUCGCUGGGCGACUCGGACGCGUCGCGCGCCGACGACUGCGCGGCCGGCGCGCCCGAGUGGCAGUCGUGGCGCGCGCGCGUGGUGCGGCGCGCGGCGGCGGGCGAGGCGCGCGCGCGCGACGUGCGCGGCGCGGCGGCGGCGCUGCUGCGCGCGUGCGCCGCGCUGCCGCCCGCGCCGCCCUUCGGCGCGCUGCUGGCGCGCGCGGCCAAGCGCCCCGCCGACGUGUCCGAGCUGCUGCUGGCCACGCUGUUCCUGGCGAACGCGGGCAACGUAGAGAUCAUCCAGGGAGCGCCGCUGUCCCUCGACUCGUUCUCCGUGCGGCUGCUGAGUGACGACCAGCGCCUGUACUGCGCCGCGCUGGCGCCGCCGCCCGACCCGCACGCCGGCCGCCGGGCCCGCGCCGCCGACACCGCCGCCCGACCCGCACGGCUAGCCGGCCGCCGGGCCCGCGCCGCCGACACCGCCGCCCGACCCGCACGGCUAGCCGGCCGCCGGGCCCGCGCCGCCGACACCGCCGCCCGACCCGCACGGCUAGCCGGCCGCCGGGCCCGCGCCGCCGACACCGCCGCCCGACCCGCACGGCUAGCCGGCCGCCGGGCCCGCGCCGCCGACACCGCCGCCCGACCCGCACGGCUAGCCGGCCGCCGGGCCCGCGCCGCCGACACCGCCGCCCGACCCGCACGGCUAGCCGGCCGCCGGGCCCGCGCCGCCGACACCGCCGCCCGACCCGCACGGCUAGCCGGCCGCCGGGCCCGCGCCGCCGACACCGCCGCCCGACCCGCACGGCUAGCCGGCCGCCGGGCCCGCGCCGCCGACACCGCCGCCCGACCCGCACGGCUAGCCGGCCGCCGGGCCCGCGCCGCCGACACCGCCGCCCGACCCGCACGGCUAGCCGGCCGCCGGGCCCGCGCCGCCGACACCGCCGACUGCGCCGACUCCCCCGUAGCGCCACGUCAUGGAAACCGGUGUCCGCUGCUCGCCGCUGCAGAGCUGUGGCUGUGGCGGCCCGGCGCGAGUAGCGGCAGAGACCGAACCGCAACUUGUCAGGACAAAUCCAAUGCCCGAAAAGAGUUCCAUCGACAGAGCCUGGACACCAGCAGAGGCAAUACGUACCAGCACCCGUACGUCCAUGCAAGCGACGAGCAGAAAGCGACGUCAGCGUGCGAUGUAUUCACAUGA